ACUGUCUGUCAACUAACAACACAGCGGAAACUGGGAGCGGUUGGCAGCCAAAUCAAGCUAACGUUAGUGUCUGUAGCUGGUUUUUCCAUAACCCUAGCCCACAAUGGAGCUGUGUGAAAUACUCUAUAACAAGGCUGAAUAUAUAGAAACGGCAUCUGGGAACAAGGUCAGCAGGCAAUCGGUACUCUGCGGCAGUCAAAACAUCGUGUUGAAUGGAAAAACCAUUGUAAUGAACGACUGCAUCAUCAGAGGGGAUCUUGCUAAUGUCAGAGUUGGCCGACAUUGUGUCAUCAAGAGUCGGAGUGUAAUUCGUCCACCAUUUAAAAAGUUCAGUAAAGGAGUUGCCUUCUUCCCAUUGCACAUCGGGGAUCAUGUAUUCAUUGAGGAGGACUGUGUAGUCAACGCAGCUCAGAUUGGAUCAUAUGUCCACAUCGGAAAGAACUGUGUCAUUGGUCGCCGGUGUGUCCUGAAGGAUUGCUGUAAAAUUCUGGAUAACACCGUACUACCACCCGAGACUGUGGUUCCUCCCUUCACAGUGUUCUCUGGUUGUCCAGGCCUGUUUUCCAGUGAGCUCCCAGAAUGCACACAGGAGUUGAUGAUUGACGUCACAAAGAGCUACUACCAGAAGUUCCUCCCUCUCAGCCAGAUCUAACACUCCCCAGCCAAACUAUCUUGGACCAAAAUCAAUUACUGAAAGACACCCAUUUUCACCAAGGCUCUCCAAGCUCAGCAUAUAGCCAAAAAAGAGUAGAGUAAGAUGAUUCAAGCCUGUGCAUUUCCUGGAUCCAUGUGAUGUCAUGUGAAUGCCCCCUUAGGAGACCUGCUGUUAGGAGACCUUUGGAGGCAUUAGGUUGAGAAUAAAUGGAGUUCCCUUGGCACUGUAGAUGGUGGUUGCGCACAUCUUAUGCAAGCCGUCACCAAAUGCCACAGAAGGAGUAGAAGGAGGGGACAACGCCCCUUUAGAAGACCGAAAUUGAGUUUGAAUCAUCUUACGCUACUCAGAAAAUCUUUGGUGUAGUCUGAGCAGCAAAUAGAAGAGGGACAAGAAGAAUGGAUGGACAUAUGGUGGCUCUUUCUGAAUGUGGGUCCAAACAAUUGAUAGGACUAGGAAUGCAUCUCAAGGUGGUGCAUACUUACCGACCUGCUCAUCAUACUUUGUAAAUGCUCUAGUCCUUGGCCAUGAAUUAAAGGCUGACAGUCCUUAACUGUGUGAUGUAUCCCUGUCAGCUGCACUCAUCAAAGUUAAAUGGUUCGCAACAAUCACUUCAAACGAAACAAAAAAAGUUUAAGACACCUGUGAUUGACAAGGAGUUUUCACAUUGAACCCACACUGUAUUAUGUUGUCAUUGUUCCAAUGCGAUUUAUUUUUCCUGCCUGUGCCUCCUCCACAGAUGUUGGUAGCUGUGUCGAAUGCCCUUUGGGGUGGUGGAAACUAAUCACAAGACAGAAGCCAUGUCACAUGCUGUAGUGUGUCACAUGGUGACCAGUUUAGUUUGCUCUCUCUUGGCCUGUUAUUUAUUGUUUGUUUCACUGUCUUGCAUUUGCAACACUAAAUACUAAAAAUAAUAAGAAUGGUUGCUAAUAAAUGCAUUUAUAUUAUCUCAA